CAGUGUUUCUGUCAGAAUCCAAACACACGUUUGAGAAGCGUAGAGCAAACCUUGGAAUCUUACAAAUCCAUUCGGAGAAAACGAAAAAAUAAAAAUGUGCCAAGGAUUGGAAUCACUGCCAGUUAGCUGUCUGGAGAGAGUCAAAGAGCUGAAGGCACGCUUGGGAAGUUUCCUCCUGAAGCAGGAGCUCAAUCUCAUGGGCCUGUCCAACAAAAGCGACAAGCUGAGGACGGAGGAGGCGCUCAACUGGAGAGCAUCCUUUCAGAAUCUGCUCGCUCACAAAGACGGGUUGUGCGCCUUCCGGGCCUUCCUGUUAUCCGAGCACAGUGAGGAAAACAUCGCGUUCUACCUCGCAUGUGAGGACUACAAGAACACCAAGACGUCCUCCAAGCUGUGCUCCAAAGCCAAGAAAAUCUACGAGGAGUUCAUCGAUUCUGACGCACCGAGAGAGGUGAAUCUCGAUCACGAGACGAAAAGCAUCACCAAGGAGAACAUGGAGCAGCCCACAGUCUCGUGCUUCGAUCUGGCCCAGAGCAAGAUCUUCUCUCUUAUGGAGAAAGACAGCUACCCUCGCUUUCUCAAAUCCACACUGUACAUGGAGCUCAGCAGACAAGCAAAGCCUUAAACUUGUCUCCAAUAUCUGGACACGCUUGAAGCAGGACUUCAAAUACAAACGAUUGACCCGAAUGCCGCCUCAAGCUCACGGCUGAGGUGGUCUUGAAGUUAUCGGUCAAUAACUGCCAAGAUAUCAGCCUGGAACCUGUGGAGGAACUAGGUGGUGAAGGAUAUCAAAGGAAAACAAAGCAGGUCAACAAUCAUGAUGCUGAAGUUUGGGAUUAAGAGGACGCACUGGGAUUAUACUCUGAGCACACAUUUGCACAAAGCGCAAUUUUUUUCACAUAUUUAUUGAAAGAUUUUUGUAUAAAUAUAAUAUAUUGCUUCUAUUUAUUAAAGUGUAUGACGAUGUAUGUGUGGAAUUUUCUUGGAAUAAAUUAUGAAGUCUAA